AUGCCGAACAAGGUCGUCACGACACCAUACCCGCUUGUCGACGCUGACCCACACGCCUUCCGCGUUGUGCGUUAUUUCCGUUCUUCAGACUAUGCAACUUGGGCCGCAGGAACUGCCGCAUUCCCGGGUGCUUUGUAUUUCUGGAAUAUGGCCGACCCCGCGAAAGUUAGUCUGCGGACCAGCCUUCGGCUCGGAGGCUUCCUUGGCUUCCUUGGUGGCUUCAUGCUAGCAUACCAACGCUCAAGUUUCCGUUUCUGGGGCUGGUCAGAGAACAAACGAGAGGAGGACAUGGAUCUAGCCGAACUCUCCCAAAGGGCAGCUGAGGGAAAGCCUUUGUAUGGCACAUCCAGCCAGCCAGAGUGGGUGCAGGGAACUGCAUACCGGAACUCUGCUUGGUCUCAAUUGAAAUUCCACGCAUUCCCCAUGUUCAACUUCGUGAACCAUCAACAUCACGGCACCGAUCCCGCGAAAUAUGGUGUGAAGGAAAAGGAACUCUCAGAUUAG